ACCUCUGGUGGCAAGUUUGCAUAUCGUGUCAAGCCAGCUCAGCCCGAGUCAUUCACUUUAAUACUGACAAUUACUAAAGCAGCUGUAGUGCCAUGGCAGCCCUGAAGUACGCCGGCCUGGACGACACAGACAGCGAGGAUGAGAUGCCACCUGGAUGGGAGGAGAGGAGCACAAAGGAUGGAUGGGUGUACUAUGCUAACCAUUUAGAUGAGAAAACUCAGUGGGAGCACCCAAAAACGGGAAAGCGGAAGAGAAUUGCAGGAGAUCUGCCAUAUGGGUGGGAACAAGAAACUGAUGAAAACGGGCAAAUAUAUUUUGUCGACCACCUAAAUAAAAGGACCACUUACCUGGAUCCCAGGCUUGCCUUUACUGUAGAAGAUCAGCCUGCGAAGAUGAACACAAGGCAAAAGUAUGAUGGGAACACCACUGCGAUGGACAUUCUGCAGGGCUGUGAUCUUUCAUCGAAAGUCAUCAUCAUCACCGGAGCCAACGGUGGUAUUGGAUUUGAAACAGCUCGAUCAUUGUCUCUCCAUGGUGCACAGGUUAUCAUGGCAUGCAGAAACCUCCAAAAAGCCAACGAAGCCAAGAGGCAGAUAUUAGACGAAUGGCACAAAGCAAAGAUUGAAGUCAUGAGUUUGGAUCUGGCCUCUCUACGCAGUGUGCAAAGCUUUGCUAACGCAUUUCGGAGCAAGAACUUGCCUCUCCAUGCGUUGAUCUGCAAUGCUGCCAUUUUUGGACUUCCCUGGCAGUUGACAGAAGAUAAUCUCGAAUCAACUUUCCAGGUCAAUCAUCUUGGCCACUUCUAUCUGGUUUCUCUCCUGCAAGACAUAUUACGCCAUUCUGUCCCAUCCAGAGUGAUUGUAGUGUCUUCUGAAUCACACAGAUUCACAGACAUUAAGGAUUCAUCUGGGAAACUUGACCUCAACCUGCUUUCUCCAUCGAAGAAGGACUAUUGGGCCAUGCUAGCAUACAACCGUUCCAAGCUGUGCAACGUUCUUUUCUCCAAGGAACUGAACCGCCGCCUCUCUCCCUAUGGAGUGUCAUCCAACGCGCUGCAUCCGGGAAAUAUGAUGUAUUCCUCUAUUCAUCGGAGCUGGUGGGGGUACACGUUGCUGUUUGCUUUGGUUCGACCCUUUACAAAGUCCAUGCAACAAGGGGCUGCCACGUCUGUCUACUGCGGGGUCUCCCCAGACCUGGAGGGCCUUGGAGGAAUGUACUUUAACAACUGCUGCCGUUGCCUGCCGUCACAGGAGGCCCAGAGAGAGGAGACUGCAGAGGCCUUGUGGGAGCUGAGCGAGAGGCUUAUCCAAGAACGAGUUGGCAGCCAGUCCAAAUAGCAGGGAGCUGAUGUUAGAAUCAAAACACACGGAGUGGUGUGUGCGUGUAUGUGUGUGUGUGUGUGUGUGUGCGCUAGGAACCUGCCAGCUCUGGAAGCUUUCCAACCCUAUCAUCAAGAGGGUUUCUAUAUACCUCUGAUACAGAUUAACUAGUGUUAAAUGGAAUAAUAGCAGUCACAACAUAGUGAAAAAUGUUAAGUACUAGAGGGAAAUGGGGAAUUCUGCAGGGUUAAAGGGACAAUAUCUCUUUCCUCGCACUGAGUUAAGCUGAUUUCUUUGUCUUAAAAUUAAGGAGUUUUCAAAAUGGAGCGUUUAUUGCUACAAAAUGACAAUAAAAAGUUGAAUGAUAGCUCUGAUUAUAAGCAAAGCCGCUUUUCACUUAAUUAACUGAAACAUGAAUUUAAUAACAUUGUUCAAAACGCACUGGGUACAGUAACCCUUAAUA